AUUCUCACACCUCUCAAUUUCUCAACUCUUUCAACUUCUACCGUCCCCUCUUUUGCCUGUCGUCCAAUUCUUGUACUUUUCAUUCCAUCCUUGAUUUCCUUCACCUCUUUACAACAUGAAGCUCCCACUUCUACUGUUUAUCUUGGCCUCCUUAUGCUUGAUUCCUGGGAAUCUGACAUCACCUCUAAAUAAAAUCCCGGAGGUAAGAAGGGCAGCAGAUCAAUGCCAGGACGACCCCGCUUGGAGAACAGCAGUUCACAACGGGGAGAUUGGUGUUCCCGACGAAAGUGAAGUUGGAGAUAACUGUUACUACCACUUCUCCCAAGCAAAUCUCGAUGCGUCCGGCGCUAUCGACUUCUACGAAAAGUUCACCAAGAGUCUUACCGAAAGGGAUCAAACCUUUGGGGGGUUUCAUGAGUGGAAAGCCGCAGGGACUAUAAUCUUCCAAACCCCCAAUUUUGCUUGUGGUGCUCGACGUGAAGGAUCAUGCAAUUUCCCCACGCUUCGUGAUCUUAAGGGUAUCUACGGUCCCCAAAAUCGUACUGUCAUUCGCCGCGCAUAUUUUGUGGGUCAAAUGCUCGAACGUAUCCACGAGCAAAAUCGCCAUGACCAAGUAGGUCCUGCCUUCAUACAAAAGGCUAUACGAGAUGGUAGACUGACUUUAAUAGGAAUUGACAAAAAAUAGUUUCAAAACUGCACAAGCUUUUGCUCCUUUCAUAGUCAAAUGGACUAUCCCACAAUCAAAUCGUGCUGAUACGGAAGCUUGCGACCGUAUAACCAAGCUUGUCAUGAGUCUUCUCGGGAGACUUGUCAAUGAGGUGAUGGGACGGAUUGAAAUUUUUGCCAAAGAGUUGGGUGGAGAUAUCGCCGCAAAACUCACGAAGGUCAUGACUGAUGCUGCAAAGAAUCAAAUCCUAAUGUCGAACUUUGGGGCAGGUACUCCAGGAACAGUCGCUCGGCUCGUUUAUGCAAGCCUUCUGUUGAAAGGCUAUCAUGAUUCCAUGGCAGAAAGGGCCCAUAGACAUCAUAAUCACGUAAAAACCCCCAUAUCUACACAGCCGUUUUGCCAUGUAAGUCCCGCUGUUUCUUUUGCGACUGCACCCGCCAAUUCAUGUUACCUCUCCCGUCAUACAACAUAGUUUGGCAGCCCAAAACCUUUAUUUAGCCUCUGCUUGCAACAUGCUUCCACAAGCGCUAGUGAACACAACCAAAGCCACUUUUACAUUGCUGGAACUAUAGCUUACAUUCUUUCAAAGGGCCUUGACAUUCCUGAUGUAAAUAAUGUUAACAUUGAGCGACUGAACUUGGAAUUCGCUGAGAUGUUAGACGACCUGUUAAACCGAAUUCGGCUAGCGCAAGAUAUUUUGUACAGGAGAAAUAUUACUGAGCCCUCCCUCACCCUUCUGAUAAUGAGAAAUACAAAUUUCACGGAGCUCAUCAAGCAGCAAGACGCUGAUUUUGACUCAAGACAUACGUAAGUUUGAAAGGGGCUUUCCGGUAUUAUCAAGAAGAAAAACUGACCCUGCUUUAGAACGGUAGUUCGGAAUCUUGUAAAACAACAGGUCGGCGAACUGGGUUCACAAGGUCAUAAUUUACAAAUCUGCGUUCAUGACGAUAAGCCUUGCGAGGUACACAAAGAGGAUCCAAAAUUCAAACACAAUUCUUACAGUGACACUAUCUUUUGUCCGUAUCCAAAAACAUAUCCGUACCUAAAGUGUUCGCUGGGACAACUUCGUUUUUCAGCCACGGCAUUGACGGACGAUGUUUGGAUAGGUGGAAGCUCGCUCCGAGAGAAUAUUCAAAGAUUUGGAAACGAUACUGGGAUGGUUUUUGAUCUCGAAGCACUACAAAAGGAAGCUCUUAUGGCAUACUCUAUUUAUGGAAAUAGACCUGUGGAAGUGCCUUUGGGAGAUUCUGGAUUCCUACCAAUCCCAAAAGUCCAAUUUGGUUUACCAGUCUGCAUCAUGCCACAAGCAAUUGCAGAAGAUUUCACGGUCGAGCCCGUUUUGCACACGCAUGCCAGAAACAUUCCAGCAAUGUGUGGCGAUUGGCGUGGAAAUGAAACGGAAUUAUUUCAUGAAAGGAUGGGGUUCCAAAUAAAUAGUCCACUCAGGAAUAAAGUUUUUCGACAGGAUAUAGUUCCCAGUGUGAGUAUAUCUUCUUUCAGAGCUACAGAGUUGUUUGGGCAGUCAAUUAACAUCCGUUGUAGCUCUUUGAAAACAUGCAUCUUUCCUCCGCGUCGUUUUUCUUGGGAUUAUGUACCAACGGCUAUCAUUGGCCUCCCAGCUCUGGUCACGAUCACAUUGGUAAUGGAACUCAUGAAGCUUGCGACAUGGUUGCAACAGCUACUCAAAACAUGACAUACGGGGAAGGGGCAAGGUGGUUUUGCAGAGACGAUCCAGAGAUCAAAAAGGUCAGAAUUUCAUUCAACUUGAAAUUUCUUCGCUAAUACUUAGUGGCAGGUUCGUGAUUCGAUUGAUCGAGUUGCACAACUAACGGGCUUGGCGCACCUUCCAAAACCUAUCCCAAGUCUUUCCUCCAGGUGCAAAGCUUUGUUAAAGAUGGAAUUGGGCACCCUCGAUGAGAAAUGGUAUAAGCAUUAUCCUGAUGGCAAGCACUACCUCAAACUUGGUCCUCCGGAAGGGUGGAAUGUGACAGACACUUGGAUCUGAUUGUCAAUGUUUUUGAUUGAGGCAAGAAACAAGAUACUGUGUAAUGAUUAGCGUAAUGAUUCGAGAUACCCAAAUAGAUUAUUUAUUUCGCC